UUUCCUUCUAGGAGAAAAAAUUUGGAAAAGAAGAUAAAGUCCCAUAAUACUUGAGCUCUCAGUUUUUCAUUUCUUUAGAUAAGAGAUGUCUGCACAGAGAUUAAUUUCCAACAGAACAUCCCAGUCAUCUUCAUCCAGCUCUGAUUAUACUUGGGAAUAUGAAUAUUAUGAAAUUGGACCAGUUUCAUUUGAAGGCCUGAAAGCCCAUAAAUAUUCCAUUGUCAUUGGAUUUUGGGUUGGUCUCGCUGUCUUCGUGAUAUUCAUGUUUUUUGUAUUGACCUUGCUGACCAAAACAGGAGCACCACACCAAGAAAAUGCAGAACCUCCUGAAAAACAUUUUCAAAUGAAGAGCUUUGUUACGGACUUUGGAAGGCCUCGGGAGCCGGACAAGGUAUUUUCUCGCUCAGCAACUGCUGAAUCCAGAUCUCUCUUCCACUGCUACAUCAAUGAAGUGGAACAGUUGGACAUGCCAAAGAUAAGUCACAAAGCAACUGCUGUGGAUGCUGAUGAACUUUUUCAGGAGGGGUCCAGAAGUAGCGGGAGACCAGAGGAAGACGACCUGACCCAGAUGACCAAAUUCAACAUCCCCAAUUUUGUGAACACCGACCAAAAUUCCUCCUUUGGGGAGGAUGAUCUUCUGAUUUCUGAGACACCAGUUCUAGAAAACAAACCAAUAGUUCAGACUUCCCAUGAAGUCCUAGAUUAAGAAAGAUUCACUAUAGGACAAAGUCUUUGUAAUAUCAUCGAUCCACCUACUGCUUAGCAAGGGAUUUUCUUCACAGGCAGCUUCAGAUUUGUUUCAGGGUUGUGUGUGUGUGUGUGUGUGUGUGUGUGC